AAUGUAGUCCUUCACCGUUUUUAUCACAUGGUAUUCAAAACAUGCGAGCCAUAUGUUUUGUUUGAAUUUUUGGAAACAAAAUUUUUUUCUCGAACAAAAUGUUUAGGUUUCAUAAACGUUUGCCGUGUCAUUUAUCGAAAUUAUUUGGAUCACCAGAAAAUCUUUAUAGGAUAUCAAAUUCAAAAUGUUUUACAACGACCACAUUUCUUUCGAAUGAAAUGAACAAACAACCGAUCCGAAAUGAUAUGGAAGAUUUGUUCCUGGAUAAACGUGUACGUUAUCUACUCAAAGCAUUAACUGGUUAUGAUCCAGUGAAAGUUUUUUCCACAAAAUCAAUGGAAAAUCUCAAUUCGCCUAAAUAUCGUUUCAUGACUGACGAACAAUUGAAAAUGGAAACUGAACAAGCUGAUAAACGUGCAGAUUCAUUGCUACAAAUGCCUCCGGUAAAAUACACGGAAGAAUAUGAGCCAAGAAUUUUGGAAAAAGAUAUCGCCCUUCAAGGAUUUCUUGAUCCAUCAAUCAAAUUGAUUUUUAUGGAUGCAACAGCCAGUUUUUCGGAUAAUGAAAGAAUGAUUGUUGUUCGUGAUGCUGAUGGAACGUUACGAGAGGCAAAUCGUGAAGAAAGACAUCGUACUAAUCAGAUAUUUUAUCCGAUAGAAGAACGUCAUAUCGAUUUGCCGAAAAUGUUCGAAGAACCACAGCUUACCGAAAUGAUGAAACGAGCUGCAUAUAAAUUAUUGUUAGAUAAUAUAUGUUUACAUUUUGAACCAGAAGAUCCCAAAUAUGAAGAAUUAUGCCAUAAAAUAUAUGAACAUAUUGCAUCCAAUAAUCACUUUGAUCAUUUAUUAUCCACUCGACAUUAUGGUGGAAUGGUUUUCCAUUAUGCAUUCAAUCGUAGCAUAGAUUCACUUUUAUAUCAUUUGAUCUCUGAGCAACGAUUCAAUGAUAGUUAUAACUUACUUAUUUUGUAUUAUAUUAUUAAUCCACGUGACGAAGUGUCCAAAAUUGUCGAUUUGAAUUCAAUCAUAACACAAGAAUCAUUAGAAUUGAUAGCUGCCGAUAUUCAUCGAAUAGAAGCAUCAAAACCAAUACCAUGGGAGAAAUUCUUGGAUUUAUUCAAGACUUACAUCAAAAAUGAUUCCAAUUCCAGCAUCAAAUCUCGAUUAGAAUUAUCAUUGCAGAAGCUUUUAACAGAAAUUCAAGGCGUUACCAAAAACGUGGCUGAAAAUUGAUUGCCAUUUUUGCCUUCUAAAUUCUUCAAAAAUCCAGGUCAUCAUCUGGAUCUUCAUCAUCGAUAUCAUCAAACUUGUCAUAUGUAUAGAUGAUAUUAAAUUCAGGUGAUCGUGUUGUUGCUGUAUUGCUGUUUGUUGGCUGUGAAUUUUGUUUUCUGUCAAAAAAUUAGAAUAAAUAAAAUUGUAUUAAUAAUAAAAAA